GGCAUAAAUGGUACUUUCCAGGAAGUCCUGUGCAAUGCGUUGUCCUUGUGUUUUUUUAAUCGUUAAGUGAAACAAAUCUGAAGUUAGAAGUCAAAGACAAAUACCCGAUGAAAACAAGAAAACAUUUUCCUUUUUAAAAAAUGUUAAACUGCGCUGAGUGUUCAGAAGCAGCUGAAUAACCGACCUCCUCCGCCUGUUAGUAUUAAGCUAUCAUGCCGGACUGGGUCAGUCUGUGUGUGGUCACCAGCCUGUUGUUAAGUAUUUUGACAGUAGUUUAUGUUUUGUACUCGGGACUCCGCACAGACAUUACCGUGCUAACCGGCUCUCCCCCGAUAAGGAAGAUUACAUUCGCCUACAAAUUCAAACAGGGACCGUACAGGAACUGUGGACAACUUUUUCAGGAGUCUCACAGUAUUGGACCAACGCUUUCAUUAAUCGGAGUCUUUUACGAUAACCCUAAUAAGGUGUCUGCAUCACAGUGCAGCUACGCUGUCGGCAGUAUUCUGAGUGAAGGAGAAAACGAGGCCGACGAGGAGCUUAUAAGGCGCUAUGAGACAUCUGGCUUCAAUGUCUUUUCCUUUCCGGAAGUCACACAUGUGGUCACUACCUCGUUCCCCUACAGGACGAUUUUGUCUGUUUUCCUGAGAUUGUGGAGAGUCUACCCACGGAUACAACGCUACAUUGUGGAAAAGAGGCUGUGUGCGCACCCGUUUCUUGAGAUCUACAGAGAGGGCCAGAUCCAGUUCAUGGCCCCCUUGGCUCGACAGGACGAUUUCUAUGUGCCUGAAGUCAGGCAGGUGGAACGGAGGCUCUCAGAACAAGAGGACUCACACAGUGAUUCAGAAGUCUCAGGUGCAGACUCGAACAGCGAAUAUAGCUCAGGGAGCGGGGUCCUCCUGUCAGACAGCAGAGAGACGUCCCCAGCGGCCUCCUCGGUCCACUCUGCACUCAUCUGGGAUCAGGGGGAUAGAGACUACAGAGGGACGAGCUCUGGGGGAACCUCGUUUAAAGAGAUGGAGUGGGAGCAGGCCGGUGGACAGCAGCGGGAGGGAGAGGAGAGGCUUCGCGGAGACUCUGACCAGAAGAGCCUGGAGGCUUCCACUUGGGUGUGGCAGGGUGUCGUUGGAGGGGAGGAGUGAAGGCUCAGUAAGACAUAUUAGUUAAGGAUGAGAGAAUAAAGGGAUUGGUGGAUGAUGAUUCUUUAUUUCUCUCAUUGUCUGCAAAUCCUGUGAAUAGACCAAAAUCAACAAUGUGUUAGUUUCACAACACUUUCAGCCUUCCCUCCCCUGAGAGCUCACUCUCCCCUACAGUCAUAAAUAUAUAAUUUUGUUUUAAAUAAGAUCAAGUAUUUCCUAAAACAGUGGGGCACUGCAGUUUUUAGCAAAUGUUACUCAGACUGGAGUAAAUAGAGCAUUUGCUGAGGACUGUUUUUAACUGUGGAUUAAUCCACAUUUGCUGUGCUACUGACUAGUUACAGCAGGAGGAUGGUGUGUGUGCGAUCAAUUCAGAGUAAACAACAUUUCCUGUGUUCAUUGGAACAUGUCUGCCAGUGCAAAGUUGUGACUUACUGCUGUGUUUUUAACAGUUUUUGGUCAACAAUAGAGGUCUGUGACCAAGGAAUAAGCGAUAUCAGGCUUUAGCUGCACAGACAUUCUUUUCAUGGGAUUUGUUGACGAUAAGAAAAUAUGGAAUAUCACCAGACUCAUGCUUGAAUCCUUUAAUUGCACAGUUUUAAGGUGAAAAUGGAACAUAUUCAGGUACCCUGAGUUUCUUGAAACAUUUUUACUGAAGUGAUGCUGUUUGUCAAAAUGAUACAAGAUGACUGAAGUGAGUAUUUGUUAGCCAAAGCAUUUUACUUGAAUAUCCUCCACUAUUAAUAUUUUAUGUCUCCAUCUGAAACGAGCGCAGCUGUUGUGAAAAUGAUCAAACUGUUUGACAGGUGUUUAUUUUGCUGGACUGAAGCUAACCACAGCUCACAUUUCAAACAAGAGGUUUGUUUCUCAGAGGAUUGUAACACAAGCAGGAAUACAAGGAGUUCUGCUCAUUUCAAGUAUAUUUAAUGACUUUUUCACAAAGGACCUAAAUGUUGUUCAUUAAUACCUGAAACGAGGCAUUGAAAUUAGGAGAAGCACAUAAACCUCACAAAGUGUUCUUUACCGUUUUUUGACAUUUCUUGUGUUUUGAGUGUUAUGGAUGUUAAAUGGGUUAUUAUUACACACCUGUGUGUUGGCACAGCUCUGUUGGUGAUUUCCAAAGAAAAAGGUGUGAAUGAAUGCAAUAAUUACCUUCUUCCUGUAGUCUGCCUGACCACCUCUGAGAUUUAUGAUGUGAUUAUGGUGAGUGUGCAGCCAAGACAAGUGGGCUGACCAUUAAUAUUCAUUUCACCAUGACUGACAGCAAAGCUCUGUGACUCUACCUUGCAUUUACAGCCACUCUACAUCUGGCCUCUGGUUUUUUUUAAAUCCUCCUCCCCACGCAUUCAUUCCCAGCUUCUUCUGUUUAGACAGAUUCUGGUUAUUUUACUUUCUCAACCUUUCUCCCAUCUGCCGCCUCUUUGCACAGGCUAAUUUCUGUUUGGGUUUUUUUUUUCUCUCCUUUUGUUCUGUCUCUCUCCUCCUCUUUGAAAUAAAUAUGGCAGCUGCAGCCUCAAAGACCA